CCUUUGGCCUUACACACAGAAAAGCUCUGAACAGGCGCCACGGAGCGACAGCUCAUGAAGUUGGACCAGUUUCCGAAUUGUUAGACUGCCCUACCCGGCCCUGCUGGAGCAUUUAUAGAGGCGCCAGCAUGUCCAACAACCCGUAUUUAGCGUAUGACUUCCUUCGCCGGACAGAUGGAGCUGCUCCUGUGCACCCGCUGGUCUCAGCCACCACGCGGACACCUGCGAACGCUGUGCUCACCACCGCCCCUGCAGCCCCGGCGCAGCAACCCGAGCCGGCCUCGCAGCCUACCAUGUCGCUAUCCCUUGGCGGCGGCAGCAGCAUAGACAUCCUGGUGCCGGCAGCAGCUUCCGCCCCGGGGCAAGCCCCGCAGCAAGACGGCUCCGCGCCCGUCACGCUGGCGCCGGCGCAGCCCAGCUAUGCCUUCUCCACGUUCUCCGCAGCGGGCGGCGCCGCGCCCGCGCCCGCGCAACACGCGGUGGAGAUUACCAUCACCUCACAACAGGACCCGGAGCCGGACGUGGCGCUUGCGGCCUCGCACCUGGAGGGCCUGACGGUGCAGCAGAUGCUGGACCUGGAUGUGGACUCGCUGGCGGUCAAGAUCGACAAGCAUCAUUGCGCCACCAAGAAGGCGGUGCUAGAUCAUUUCAUGGAGACCAAGGCGCGGCUGAUGCAGGCGCAGAACGACGCCGUGGAGGAGGAGCGGCGCCGCGGCGCGGCGCGGCUGGCGAUCAAGGAUGAGGAGAUCAACCUGCUCAAGGGCGAGCUGGAGGCCAUGAAGGGCAAGGCGGAGCGGCUGUGGGACAUCCUCAACAAGGCCUGCACGAUGUACGGCCAGGUCAAGGUGGACCUCUCCAACACCAAGCACCUGUCGCAGCUGUUCUACGCCUGGCGGGAGCAGGCGCUCAUCCUGGCGCGGCGCAAGCGGCUGGCGGAGAAGGCGGAGCACUGGUGCACCGAGGUGCACCUCAAGCGCAACGUGUUCCGCGGCUGGUUCCGUGUGGCCAUGCGCGAGCACCGCGUCACCGUCAACAACCGCUACAUCCAGGAGGUGGAGAAGGCCAAGCGCCUCAUCCACGAGCACUACCAGGGCCAGAUUGCCGACCUGCAGCGUAUGCUGGCGGACGCGCACGCGCAGCUGGAGCGCGAGGCGGAGGCGCGCAACCGGCUGGAGGACAACAUGAAGCGAGCCUUCAUGCGCGGUGUGUGCGCGCUCAACAUCGAGGCGAUGAACGUGAUGAAGCGCGGCGCGCCGCCCGGCGGCGCCAACCCCUUCCCCAUCAACUUGCCACCCGUGGAGCCUGUCGGUGGGCCGGCGGCGGCCGCUCCGCCGCCCGCUGGGUCGGGCUCCGUGCCCCUGGCUGAGACCAUGAACCUGGACCUGCGCGGCUCCAUCACCCUGUCGCCCUCGCGCCUGCCCGCCGGCACGGCCAGCGCCGGCGCCGGCGCGGGGCCCCAGCCCGCGGCGUCAGCGCCCGUCGGCACCCACCCCACAAGCAUCACCGGCGCGGUGAGGCUGGCCGGCAACAUGGUCCUGCCCACCGCCAUGCCGGGCUAUGCCGCCGGCGGCGCGGCCUCCGUCACCAGCCGCCCGCCCAGCAGCAGCGGCGCGGCGGGCGGCGCGGUUGGCAGCGGCGGCCACCCCCUGGUGGUGAAGGCGACGGGCAUGCCGGCGCCCGGCACUAUCCCCGCGGCGAACUCAGCGCCCACUGCCACGGUAGAUGCGGCGGCUCCAUCGCUGCACCAGACGGCGCAGGCGUUCUACCAGCGGCCACAGGUGCUGGUGACGCGCGGGCCCGGCGUCGCUGGAGCCGGCGGCGCGGCGGCGGGCGCGGAGGCUCCGCGCCCACGGGCCGGGGCGCCGCUGCCCACCGUCCGCAUGAUCUAGUGGCGGUGUGUGCUGAGUGACGGUGUAACUGACUGCUGGCGACAUUGACAUCUUUUCGCAUGGACAACACUGACGCUACGUGAGUGGAUAUAGAUAUGACGUGGAUAAGGGUCAUGUGGAAUGGGACGAUGGGAAGGGAAAUUGCA